UCUGAACAUUGAAGCUAGAUGUCACCUUCUAGAUCCGUCAGGUGUACCUCCUCAUGUUCAAAUGCUGCCUCUGAUAGGGUCUCGGGACUAUCUCGCUCGAUUGAUACACCACCUCGAAUCACAUCUUCCGGACGACCUUGUCAUCGACAAGAACAUCUUUCUGGGAAUCCUCUUGUGCCUGAUAGCUGGUCAGCGGAACUUGAUAGUCGAUGUGGAUGUGGAUAUCGAGGACGAAAUAGAUGACGACGGGCGGCAGAGGAUUCAUGGGCGAGUGGGUACGAGCAGGAAGGAUAGGGAGAGACGGUUACAGGAUAGACUCGAGAGGGUCUCGUCAAUGUGUAAGAUCAUAUGUACAGCAAUCUUUGCCUUGACGUGUAGGGCGAGCAAAAUAUCAUCCCGAUGGACCGCCAGCGAGCUACCUUGUGCCGUCUUCCCUUCACUGCCACUUCCUGCUGCACUGGAAUCUUCAACCAGCAACGGCGAAGCCCAGGAAGUAGAACCAGGGCACCACCAAGGACCAGUACAUACAAGCAGUAUCCGUUCACCACGUUUCAAGCCUAGCAAACAUCGCCCGAAGGACGAAGCGAUCCAGGCCAACUCGACCAAACCGGUCCUCCCCCCUCCGAACAAGACUUCGAACACGAUGUCAUCUGAAAGUCAUCAUCAAGCGGCGCAGAUCGUCGACGUCGAUGUUGACGAUGGGACCGUGUCCUCGAACACUUCUCGAGCUUCCACCCGGUCGAAUCUUUCGAUCUAUGGGGACGACGAAGCCGAGCUUGAUAUACCCCAAGUCCUUGUGGUUAGAGGCCUCGAAGACGCUCGACAUGGCGUGUACCUCAAGUUUUUAGAGAUCCUCGAAGAGAGGCAGGUCAAAUGGGUCGAAAAGUACGACGUCGAUGUGGGGAAAGAGGCGGUCGAUCCCUUAGCACGGCCAGAGGAAGGGAAACGGGACCGAUCUCAACCUCUUCCUGAAGGAUUCUUUCUGAUCUACGUUCGCCCUUCGUUGGUUCCGCGCCGUGCGAGGCAACGGGCACGGUCACUCAGGGUCCCUCAGCGAGAGUCGAGCCGUAAGAAUGCGAGAAGGGAGAGGGACGAUGCGGGAGUGGCCGAGAGUGGAAAUAGCGAGGCUCCUGGGUGGUUCAUCGACAAGUUUGCGCUUAGUUGCUUGGCUGCCGAGGAGACGGUCUUGGGAGAAGACGGUGGAAUUUUCGAAGACUUCUCGGUACAGUCAGAGCAGGGUGAACCCUUGAUAGACGGGAAGCUACUCCGGACACUGCGUCGACUCUCGGAAAAGACGCACAUGCACCCUCCCUUACGUUUCCGGAUAUCCGACUUGACCAGUACCAUCGUCCAUCACCCGCACUUGUACAGCACGUUUGGCAGCACCAGCAUCAGCGAUUUCAAAACCUUUGUCAGGAUCUCAAGGAUCCUCUUUCGGCCUUUCUCGUGGCGACCCGACCUUCUCAAUCUGGAUAUCAAGGGAAGAGAAUACGAUCAGAGGAAAAAGCUGCAAGAGGCCAUGGAGAGGGAGGAAUGGUAUGCCACCGAGGAGGACGUUCGACGGCUAUGGAGAAACCUGAUCAGGCAUCGGGUGGAAUUGCGACCGCUUCGGGAACGCAUCCUCUAUACCACCGUCGGUUCCGCCGGCACUUAUCGGCCAGAGAAGAACAAGCUAUCGGUGUCAAAUUUGGUUCGGCAGGACGAGCGGGUAGAUGAGAUUUUGGACGAAAUCUUGGUCGUCCUGGGUUGAACGAGACGAGCGGAGUA